AUGGAGAACUUCCGCUGUCUCACUAGAGACUCGAACAACAAGGCCGUCUACGGCCCCUGGGAUAGAAGCAAUGUAGUUGAGAUGGGGGGUCAACAAGGGCCUGGUCGGCGUCGCCAUCCCUUGGUAUAUUGUCAAGAUGCCCACCACUCGCUGGCGGAGGAGGUGCAUGAUUACUGCGAACGCCUGCGCAAUUACCUCGUGGCGGAGGAAUUACAGGGACGUCGAGGAUGGGUGUGGAGCCCUGCUACGAUUGUGAGCCCCUUGGGCGCACCGAUCGUAGUCAAGUACAAGCCCGGCUCUCUAGCGGCGGAGCAGUAUGGGAGUCAACUCGUGCACGUAUUAUGUGUCGUUCCUGAUACCCAAGACGCUAUGCGAUUUCUUAUGGGCAUGGGCCAGCUCAUAGGGUGA